AUGAGCAAAAGGAGACAGGGCGUGAGAAAUCCAAAGGACAUUGAAAAUAUUCCUUGCAACGCUCAGGGCAGCAUAGCGUCCACUUCUACAUGCAAUAGUCCAAAACGAAUUGAAAUUAAAGAACACAGAAAAGACAAUUCUCUGUACAGUGCUAUUACUUCUGAAUGUUUUGACAGUAUUUUAGAAAAUACAAGAGGAUACGAAUCGUUUGAACGUACACAUAGAUCAAAUUUCACAGAAUCAAACUGCGCGGAUAUUGUGAAGUCACAGCGAAUUAUCAUAGAUUUUACAGAAAAUAAUAAGGAGGACGGAGGUGAAGUGAUGAAGAAAUGCUUAGAUUUUUGGGCGUUUGUCGAUCAACACCCUCAGUUAGAAAAGUUUAUUGUGAAACCAGAAGCAUUACCACCGAAUCGCUUUCUACCAUUUUUGAAUUAG